UUCCUUCAGUGCCCUGAAGAGCAGGACUAUGGGGAAGAAAGGGGACCGGGGGGCUAAGGAGAAAGUGACUGGUGUGAUCCUUGAGGAGGAAGGAAAGAACGCGGUGAAAAGGACUGACCAACAUGGCGAAGAGGAAUAUCAGUGCACAGGCAUCCUGGAGCAGGAUUUCAAUGAACUGUGCUCCCGCGCCGGACUCACCAAAAUCCCCAAGGUCACAGUUAGACUGCAGUCUACCUCGAACCUCUUCCCGCCAGAGGAAAGCAACACGCUGGCCGAGAAGGAGGUCCCAGCCAGCCUCACCCAGAUCCAGAACAAGUACGCCUACUUCCGGCCCUGCAUUCAGACCGAGCUGGAGCACGACGACCCCAAGAGCGUCCGUGAGAUCUUCCUGCGAGGUUGGAAAAUUGAAGAGAAAAUGCUGGGUGUUUUCAGCAAGUGUCUGCCUGCCCUUGCCAACCUGCAGGCUGUUCACCUCUGGAAGGUCGGCCUGACGGAUCUCUCGCUCUUCUCUCUGAUCGCUAUCCUACCAAACUGCCCCACCCUCAAGACACUAACACUGGAGGGGAACCCGUUAGCCGAGGGGUCCUUCUACAGGCUGAUUGGAGAGGAGAGCACGCUGGCUCACGUCUCGCUUAGAAACAAUAACAUCGGUGACGCCGACGCCAAGCUGAUCGGCCAAGCCCUCUCCACACUGAAGUCCUCCAACAAGAGCUUGGUCUCGCUGACCCUCAGCUUCAAUCACAUCUCGGACCUGGGCGCAGGCUACAUCGCGGAGGGCUUGCGGUUGAAUCGCUCUCUGCUGUGCCUGUCUCUGGCACACAAUCAGAUCGGAGACCAGGGAGCGCUCAAGCUCGCAGAGGUUCUGGGACCUUUCGCUUUAACUCACACCGAAGUCGUGGAGAGGAGGCGACUUUUACUGGAGAAGGAAUCCCAGGAGCGGUCCCGGUCGCCUCUGAGACAUGCAGAUGCCAAAAGCAGCGAGCGUCCCUCCAGCCUCGUCAGCAACACCACCAUCGACAAGCUGCAAGCGUCCAAGCAGAGCAGGAGUGCGUCCAAGAAAAAGGAGCCUUCGAAGAAAGAGGAAAAAGGUCAGGCCAGCGCUGCAGGUGGCGGGGGGGUCGGGGGCGGCCCAGGCUUUGUGCCCGCGAAGAAGGAGGAUACUAAACAAGCCAAGAAAAUGGUUUCCACCCCGGAGCAAAAAGUUGUUCGAGGCAAAGGAGCCAAAUCGGGCGCCAAGGAGAAGCGCAGCCUGCCGCUGGAGUUGGAGGUGAUGGAGCCCACCGAGAUCGUGAACCCACUGCUGGAACAGGCCGAGCACCGUGAUGGGAAGGUCUUCCUGCCAGGCAACCGCGUGCUCAUCAACUUAAACCUCACCUGGAACCAGAUCACAGAGCAGGGCCUGAAAGCGUUCCUGGCAGCCAUGGAGAGCCAGCAGCAGACCAGCAAGGCCACGGCUGGGGUCAAGUGGCAGAUGGGCCUGCUGCGGCUGUCUCUGGGGAAAAACCGCUUCCCCGCUGAGAGCAAGACCUUUGCCAGGCUCCAGGAGCUGAUGCUGCCGCGCGACCCCACCUACAGGCAGCUGCCCAAGGCGCCGGACGAGGAGCUGGCUGCGCCCAGCUAGAGGGGCGAAAGCGUCCGCUCACUCGAGAAUCCCGCGGCCCCGGAGAGCGCUGGGGCAGCCCCUUGGGUGGGAUUUCUGAUCCCCUCCGCCUCUGGCCCCGCCCAGCCUGUAACCGUUUCUGCCUACCAUUAAACAGCUUUGACAGCCUGCUCUGGGGUGGGGGGCUGGAGCCCUCUGCACCCACUGGAAUUCAGGCUCUUUUUCUACCGCCAGGGCUCCAGCAAUGGGGAGGAAGCGCCUACCUGGGCCUCCAGGGUCAGAGGCAGUGACCCCAAAACUGCAUGGUCCCAAGAGCGCUGAGCCCCCUGCCCGUCAGGCCACUCGCUAACCUCUCCUCUCCCGCGGUCCCAGGCCGAGGCCCUGCAGGCUGGGGAGAGGGAUGAGGGCAUGUUGCAGUGCCCACAUCAGGGGAGCCGGUGCUGAGACCAGAAAGGCCUGGGAUAGGCGCCCCCUCAAUGUAGACGCUGUCCAGUCGACCAGCCCUGAGACAUCCCCCUUGGGGGUCAAGGACUGAUUUAACGCUGGGCCGAUUCCACUCCCAGCAGCAGCACUGGGCAGGGCGGGGCGGGUUCUCUGCUCCCCGGCAGCACCGGCAGUGUGGCAUCGCCGUGGAGAACAGCUCCCGGCUAUGGACAGACACCCCCCUGGCUGGCAGGACCCCAUCUCCCACGCUGCAGUGGGUGAAAGCAGGCACCCCCCGGUGAAGGAUCACACACACGCCAGCGACGGAA